CUCACCUCCCUGUUCAACCAACAAACCAUACCUUCUCUCUUUCAACUCUCCUUCUUUCACUUUCUAUUCCUGUUAAUUGGUUUGUGUGUAUUGUUCGGUCUGAUGAGGACUUUGUGCCGGAAUUUAUAUCGGGAGGAUGGGCUGGAGACGGUGCUGGAGGUCCCCGUGCCGGAGGAGAUGUUCCCGUCGACGCAGAAGAGUAAGUCGUGGCAGAGUAUGAAGAGCUGGAUGAAAUAUCUCACUGAGAGAUCAUCGCCGCCGGUUUUAGGUGGCCGGAGAGCUGAGCUCCAGCUCCUCCUCGGCGUCGUCGGAGCGCCGCUUAUUCCUCACCCUAUCCCCUCUCACUGCCGAUCCUCCGGUCGGAAAAAAAUCAACGAUCAUCCCAUUGAGGCGUCAAUGGCGAAGUACAUUGUGCAGCAGUACGUGGCGGCGGCCGGCGGGGAAAGUGCUUUGAACGCCAUUGAUAGUAUGUACGCGAUGGGGAAGGUGAAGAUGUCGGCGUCUGAGUUUAUUUGCGGAGACGGGCUGGGCUUGAACAAUAAUGGGAAAGUGAUGAAAGUCAAGAGUGGUAAAAGCGGGCCGGGUGAAAUGGGCGGGUUUGUUCUGUGGCAGAAGAGGCCCGAUCUCUGGAGCUUGGAGCUGAUGGUUUCCGGCUGUAAAAUCAGCGCCGGAAGUGAUGGCAAGGUGGCAUGGCGGCAGACUCCAUGGCACAGCUCUCACGCUUCUCGUGGCCCACCCAGACCUCUUCGUCGUGCUUUACAGGGCCUUGAUCCAAAAUCAACGGCGGAUUUAUUCUCGAACUCGAUCUGCACCGGCGAGAAAACGGUGAACGGCGAAGAUUGCUUCGUACUGAAGCUGGAGGCGGAGCACUGUGCUCUGAGAUCAAGAAGCAGGGGCAACGUGGAGAUUAUCCGGCACACGGUGUGGGGGUAUUUCAGUCAAAAAACAGGCCUCUUGGUCCGCCUCGAAGACGCCCAUCUUCUCCGGAUCAAAUCCGCCGCCGGCGACUGCUUCUGGGAGACGGCGAUGGAGUCGGCCAUCCGAGAUUACCGGACCGUCAACGGCGUCAACAUCGCGCACGCCGGGAAAACGUCCGUUUCGCUGUUCAGGUUCGGGGGAAACUCCCAAGGACACACCCGAACCAGGAUGGAAGAGGCUUGGAGCAUCGAGGAAGUGGACUUCAACAUCAUGGGACUUUCCGGCGACUGUUUCUUGCCGCCGAGCGACUUAAAGAAGGAAGACGACGAGGACGAGGACGAGAAGUGUGGGUAUGCCGUCAAGAAUGGGGUCACCGGGAAAUUGAGAUUGGGAAUGAAAAUUAGGGAUUUCGGCGCCGGAAAAGGGGUUUCAAAGAUUGUAGCAAUUGAGGAAGAUGGCUAUGUAAACAUUGAGGAUUAUGAAGAGUUAUAACUUUUCCCCCACUUGGAAGAUACUAUGCAAUCACGGUUCAUUCGUUCUGAUACGAGAUUAUAUUCUGCAAUGGUGAUUCAUUCGUUUUUAGACGAGAUUAUAUUAUGCUUAUUCGACCAUUUCUGCUGAGGAGAAGAGUUGUAAACUUAGGGUAAUAUAUAUGUAUGUAAUGAUGAUAGGUGCGGUCAAUUUUGUACAUAUAGCACCGCAUAUGGUGUCAUAUACUCCUAAGGUAUUAGUUAGCAUGUAACAACUCAUUUGGAGCGUUACGCUAUUUAUGUAAGUCUUGCAUGGGACAUUUUUUAAGGUACAAUGGAUAUGAUUCAAAUUUA